AAAUAAAAAACAAAGGAACCAUGCAGUAGCAAUACUAACUAAAAAACAUGGGUUCCUAGCAUGCAUAUGAGGCGUUGUUACUCUGUACAACAUCUAUUUCCUUAUUGUAUAUUGAUAUUACGCUUAUGUUCAAAAGCACACCAAACUAAAGAACCUACGCUUUCAUUCUUCCAUCAAGCAGAAAGCUUCUGCUGAACAUGGAUGCUUUCCUUUUCAUUCUUACAUUCUUGUUGAGCUUCCACAAACUUUCUUCUGCCGCAAGCAGUUCAAAAACAUAUAUUAUCCAUGUGGAGGGGCCACAGGAUAAGACACUAGAUCAAACAGAAGAUUUAGAGAGUUGGUACCAUUCAUUCAUGCCACCUACUACUAUGAGCUCUGAGGAACAGCCUCGAAUGAUUUAUUCGUACCGGAACGUGAUGAGUGGUUUUGCUGCAAGACUUACUGAAGAAGAGCUGAGAACAAUGGAAAAAAAGAACGGCUUUAUCUCUGCUCGUCCCGAAAGGAUGCUGCAUUGCCUAACCACAAAUACCCCACAAUUUUUGGGGUUGCAGAAACAAACGGGAUUAUGGAAGGAAUCAAACUUUGGAAAGGGAAUAAUAAUUGGGGUGCUGGAUUCUGGAAUCACGCCUGGUCAUCCUUCAUUUAGCGAUGCAGGAAUGCCGCCGCCACCACCUAAAUGGAAAGGGAGAUGCGAGAUUAAUGUGACAGCUUGCAACAACAAACUAAUUGGAGUAAGGGCUUUCAACCUUGCAGAGAAGUUGGCUAAAGGAGCAGAGGCAGCAAUUGAUGAGGAUGGACAUGGAACUCACACAGCAAGCACAGCUGCUGGUGCUUUUGUUGAUCAUGCAGAAUUACUAGGAAAUGCCAAAGGAACAGCAGCUGGGAUUGCCCCUUACGCUCACCUGGCAAUCUACAGAGUAUGCUUUGGAAAAGACUGCCAUGAGAGUGACAUAUUGGCAGCAAUGGAUGCAGCUGUGGAGGAUGGCGUGGAUGUAAUAUCAAUAUCCCUCGGCUCGCAUACGCCGAAAUCUAUUUUCGAUGAUAGCACUGCAAUAGGUGCAUUUGCAGCAAUGCAGAAGGGAAUCUUUGUAAGUUGUGCAGCAGGAAACUCUGGCCCUUUCCAUGGCUCCUUAAUUAAUGGAGCCCCUUGGGUCCUCACAGUUGGAGCAAGCAAUAUUGACAGAAGCAUUGCAGCAACAGCAAAGCUGGGAAAUGGGCAAGAAUUUGAUGGGGAAUCUGUUUUCCAGCCUUCCGAUUUCUCUCCAACAUUAUUACCCUUGGCAUAUGCUGGAAAGAAUGGCAAACAAGAAGCUGCAUUUUGUGCUAAUGGAUCCUUGAAUGAUAGUGAUUUCAGAGGCAAGGUUGUUUUGUGUGAGAGAGGAGGAGGUAUAGGAAGAAUUCCCAAAGGAGAGGAAGUAAAAAGAGUAGGUGGUGCAGCCAUGAUUCUCGCGAAUGAUGAAAGCAAUGGCUUCAGUCUCUCAGCUGAUGUGCAUGUUCUACCUGCAACACAUGUAAGCUACGAUGCUGGACUUAAGAUUAAAGCCUAUAUAAAUUCCACUGCAAUACCUAUAGCAACCAUUUUAUUCAAGGGGACUAUAAUUGGAAACUCCUUAGCUCCUGCUGUUACAUCCUUCUCUUCAAGAGGUCCCAACUUGCCAAGUCCUGGUAUUUUGAAACCAGACAUCAUAGGACCAGGCGUGAACAUCCUAGCUGCCUGGCCAUUCCCUCUGAAUAACGAUACUGAUUCAAAAUCCACUUUCAACUUUAUGUCUGGCACAUCAAUGUCAUGCCCACAUCUUAGUGGCAUAGCUGCUUUGCUCAAAAGCUCUCAUCCUCAUUGGUCACCAGCUGCCAUAAAAUCUGCCAUAAUGACUUCUGCAGACAUAAUCAAUUUUGAACGCAAACUCAUUGUUGAUGAAACACUUCACCCUGCAGAUGUUUUUGCCACAGGUUCUGGUCAUGUGAAUCCAUCAAGAGCAAAUGACCCUGGGUUAGUUUAUGAUAUUCAACCUGAUGAUUAUAUACCUUAUCUGUGUGGUCUAGGGUACAGCGAUACCCAAGUUGGGAUCAUUGCACACAAAACAAUUAAGUGUUCUGAGACUUCAAGCAUUCCCGAAGGAGAGCUUAACUAUCCUUCAUUUUCUGUUGUGCUUGGUUCCCCGCAGACAUUCACAAGGACUGUGACAAAUGUGGGUGAGGCCAACUCAUCUUAUGUUGUCAUGGUUAUGGCACCAGAAGGGGUUGAAGUGAGGGUCCAGCCAAAUAAACUUUACUUUUCAGAAGCAAACCAGAAAGACACGUAUUCAGUGACAUUCAGCCGUAUAAAGUCGGGUAAUGAAACUGUGAAAUAUGUUCAAGGGUUUUUACAAUGGGUCUCUGCCAAACACAUUGUAAGGAGCCCUAUCUCGGUCAACUUUGUAUAAGACAACACUGUUAGCAAGCACCGAACAGUACUACAGUAGGACUAGUGCAAUGGUCAGAUAAUUGCCUUGCUAGCUACAACUGGUAUUAAGUGGCAAGUGUCAAUCAUACCACAACAUUUUCUUUUCUAUUUUCAUUCAAUCAUCGAAUAAGGAAAAUUUAAACUA